AUGGAGUACCAACUCAUUCCUCGAAACAGUGAAAUUUCUAAUUCAGACGAGGUUUCUCUUACAGUAGCGUCAUCUAUAAAUCGUCCUGAACGAAGGGCUAUUCCAUGGUACUUAGAUGGAUGUUUAAUGAGCAAAGCAACAGUUUAUACUAUUCAGCUUCAUCAUUUUUGUUGUUGUUGGUAUGAAGGAUUCCUUAUGGGUGGCGAAGCAUGUUACGAUGUUACGGAUGGCAAAGUUACUCGCUACGGUGUUUCUGCGGGCUAUACAGCUCCUGAAUACAAUGUUACUCUCAAAGCAACCAAUUCCAUGUCUGCUUAUACCCUUCUAUACUAUCAUCGUGUACAUCCUGAUAUUGAAGCCGGUGCAAAAGCUCAUUGGGAUACCACUUCAAACAGUGAUAGUGUUAAUAUGGAAAUUGGUGCUAAAUAUUUUUUAGAUCGCGACGCAUUUGUAAAAGCUAAAAUUGAUAAUAAUGGUCGUUUGGGUCUUGGAUACACACAAGCACUCCGUCCGGGCGUUAAGAUCUCUCUUGGUGGCAGCAUUGAUACAUCCAAAUUGGAAGCCACCGAAGAAUCUGAACUGUCACUUCGUGACGAAGAAUCUGACGAUUCGGAAGAACUCGAAUUUGAUCCACUAUCGCUGUCUGAACCUGAACUAAGACUUGAUGAUUCAGUCGAAGAACUAUCUCCACUCUCGCUGGCGGAAUCGGAUGACGAAGAAGACGACGAAGAUCUUAAUAAUUAG